UUGAGUUGCUGCUCUGGUCACACUUAGAAAUUGGGCAAUAACUUUUAACAUAAGAUGCACUAUUUUUUUGAAAUCUAUCAAUAAAGUGCCUACAAGAUGCUGUUGACCCUUCGAGUGCAAGGAACACGUCAAUUGGUAAAGUCCGCCAGAUGCCUGACCAGCAGCGCAGCGCCGGAGAAGUCACCAUCUGUCCAAUCGCAGCUGGAGGUCAAUGGGAGCACGUACGCCACCGAUGGAUGGACGAAUGUUACGCCCAAAAUUCUCUCCUACCUGGGGGCUAACAAGCAUCUGCAGACGGACCACCCAUUGUCCAUUAUUCGGCAGCGGAUAGUCAAUUACUUUUAUGGAGCCUAUCGCAACCAAAGGGGCAAUCCGUUGUUUUCUGUAUAUGACAAACUUAAUCCUGUGGUCACUGUACAGCAGAACUUUGAUAAUCUGCUCAUACCCGCUGACCAUGUGAGUCGCCAAAAGUCCGACUGCUACUACAUCAAUCAGCAGCAUCUGUUGCGCGCCCAUACCACCGCCCAUCAGGUGGAAUUGAUCUCGGGCGGAUUGGACAAUUUUCUGGUGGUGGGCGAAGUUUAUAGACGGGACGAGAUCGACAGCACCCAUUACCCGGUAUUCCAUCAAGCAGACGCUGUGCGGCUAGUUACCAAAGACAAACUCUUCGAGCGCAAUCCCGGACUGGAACUGUUCGAGGAGACGUGGUCCGGUUCGCUGGCCGAUCCUAAGCUUAUCCUGCCGUCCUCCAAGUUUAUGGACCAAACGAAACAGCCCUGUCACACGCUAGAAGCCGUCAAGUUGAUGGAGCACGAAAUGAAGCACGUGCUAGUAGGCUUGACAAAGGAACUCUUUGGACCGCGCAUUAAGUAUCGAUGGGUGGACACAUAUUUUCCCUUUACUCAGCCCUCCUGGGAGCUGGAGAUCUACUUUAAGGACAACUGGUUGGAAGUCCUGGGCUGUGGCAUCAUGCGGCACGAGAUUCUGCAAAGAUCCGGAGUUCAUCAGUCGAUUGGCUAUGCCUUUGGAGUCGGUCUGGAGCGCCUAGCGAUGGUGCUGUUUGAUAUACCAGAUAUCAGGCUCUUCUGGUCGAACGACAGUGGUUUCCUAUCACAGUUCAGCGAAAAGGAUCUGCACAAUCUACCUAAGUACAAACCAAUCUCCCACUAUCCGCAGUGCACGAACGACAUGUCCUUUUGGUUGCCCGAGGAUGUGGAAGUGGACGCCGGCUUCUCGCCCAACGACUUUUAUGAUCUGGUUCGUUCUGUGGCCGGUGAUAUGGUGGAGCAGAUCAGUCUGGUGGACAAGUUCAAACAUCCGAAAACGGGUAAAUCGAGUGUGUGCUUUCGCAUCGUUUACCGCCACAUGGAACGCACCUUAACCCAGGCGGAGGUAAACGAAAUCCACAAGCAGAUCGCAAGUGCCAGUGUCGAUAGUUUCAAUGUGCAAAUACGUUAGUCAUAGUCUAGUUCCGUUUCAAUUUAAACCAAAAAACACCAGUAAAGUUAGCCAACAAAGUCAGGUA